UGUCAACACUUUCCAUCCAUAGAUCAGUUUAUAUAGACAUUGUUGUACAAAUUAACAGUCUUUCUAUUUUCCAACGGUUUUAAGUUUUAAAAUUUAUUUGAGGAUUUAUAUAGGUAGAACGAUGGCCACAGUAAGUGUUAGGGACUUGGUUAAGCUCUACGAAGAUAUAAUUGCGGCCGCAAGCAGCGAUGCCCUGGAUAAUCCACCGAGGAUUUUGAAAGAACAAGCCGCGACAAUGCGCUCGCUUAGCGAUGUUUCAGAGCAUUGCCUGGACGUGGAUGAGUCUGCGCCAGGGGAACCUCAUCGUGGGGUCUUACGGGCGAUUGACCCACCUAUGAGCGACACGGUGGGGCAAUCUGCCAAUAAGACGUUCAAGCCAGAACCUCCGUCAGUUGGAAACCCUCGGUGGCUGCAGAAAACCAACUCCGGUUGCUUAAAACUAGUAUUUCGAAGGCUAACCAAUCUCUUCAGGCUUCACAAACAGCCCCGGAAUCGUUCUCUUAAAGCAGGCAAAAAGUGCUCUUCAGCUUCAGGAUUCUCCACAACUUCCCGAAUUCACUGAUUUCUGGCUCAUCGUUGGACAUUUACCAUAUAUAAAAUUCAGUUUAAAUCCAAGGACCAAAGAAAGUCAUAGGACCUUAAGAAGCAACAGAUAAAUGAACGAAAUACUUUGAAAAUAAGGAAAUUCAGUAAUCUGUGAUAUCGGAUCGUACUAGUUCUUAAAUGAAUAAAAUCUUACAUAAAUAAAUAAAAACAAGAAAGAAAGCUAA